UGAAAACAGUCCGUCAGACUAACAAGUUCUCCACUGAAAGCUCUAAAUCAGCAACUUUCCAAAUUUGAAUUUUUCGUAAAUCAUGCCGAAUUCCUGCUACUUGCCCAGAAUAGGGCCAGCGGUCUUCUCUAAGCUGGGCAAAUGGGCCUACGACAUGUCUGGAUUCAACCAAUAUGGUCUACACCGCGACGACUGCUUGCAUGAAAACGAAGAUGUGAUAGAGGCGGUGCGUCGUCUGCCCCGCAAGAUCUACGAUGAGCGCAACUACCGCAUUAUGAGGGCACUACACCUUUCGAUGACCAAGACGAUCCUGCCCAAGGAGCAGUGGACCAAGUACGAAGAGGACAUCAAGUACCUGGAACCCUAUCUCAACGAGGUGAUUAAGGAACGCGAAGAACGUGAGGAGUGGAAUAAAUCCCAUUGAUCUGUCGAGCCUGAUGAAAUUUUAAACAUUGUUAUGUUAAUCAAAACUACGACAGAAUCAGGAAUAUGUUAAAAGCUUUGCAAAAAUUGAUGGCUGAAUAAAUAUUGUAAAAGCUUAAACAA